AUGUCUUUGUUGACGGCACAGCUACUCAGGAGCCUGAUGGGGCUCACCCGGAGGCUCCCGGUGCAGCAUGCCCAGAUCCAUUCCAAGCCUCCGCGGGAGGAGUGCGGGACCAUGGAUGUUGCUGUUGGGCUCACCUCCUGCUUCCUGUGUAUCCUCCUGCCAUCGGGCUGA